GGGCUGUUCUGACCACCGCUCUGGUUGCCGUCGAAGGCGAGUGCAGCAACAGGUAGGAACCAAUGCACAACGACACGCAAUGCAACACCCAAGGAAGGCGACGACUGCGACGGCAGUUGGCUGCCUCCUCCCUCUGCUAAAAUUUUCCUUCCUGGCCUUGAUGGUUUCCACGCAACAACACACCUGCCACGCCUUUGCCAUCGGUUCGAGGCUCGACGCAACCGCGGGCAGCAGAACCUCCCCCUACCAAUCGCCGAACGGACGGUCGGUGCUGCGGACCGGCCACCAUCCGACCCGUUCUUCGGUCGCGAUUUUUUCCAGCAGGAGCGGCACCGAACGAUCGAGCGCAACGGAUCUCGCGAGCGACAGCAACGCCCGGGCCGGUCGAGACGGGUAUUCCCUGAUGAGGCAGCCCCUCCAGCGGGACACCUGGGAUUCCUCCAAGGAUCCGACCUUUCGCGUGCCGAGGAAGCUGGACGAGGACGGGGAGACCUCGAGCAACGCCGACUGGUGGCUUUCCAAGCAACAACAACAACAACAACAACAACAACAACAACAAAGGGGGGUAGGUUUUCUCUCCUCCGAUUUCUCUCCGAGCGGCCAGGCAUCGCAGACGAACGGAUCGGCGCCGUCGUCGCCACCCGAGGACCAGUCGCUCGACCUGUUUCAGCGGUCGUCCGACACCCUGGACUUUCCCAUGAUCCUUGGGGCGCUGCGCGCUCUUUGUUUUACGGUUCCCGGAAAAGAAAUGGUGGACGAAGCGACCGACCAAUCCCAGGAGAAACAACUGGAGCGACACAAAAAGAAAAACAGCAAACCAAACAAACAAAACCGACCGGAGGCCCCAUUGCUCAUCGCCGACAGCGCCAGCGAGGUCCGGGAGCGAUACCAGGCGGUGUUCGAGAUGCAGCGGCUGCUGGACUCGGACGGGACCACCAAAACAAACCUCCGCGAUGCCUACUACAAGAACCGACGCGGCAUUCAGGUCACCAUUGGCAAGGGGAAUCCUCCCCCGCUGGAGGGGAUCUCCUUCGAUCUGGAGUCCAUACUGAACAUUUGCUCCGAGCAGGGAGCGGUGCUGGAGGGGCCGGAGAUCCUCGAGAUCUCGACCAUGAUGAACACCAUGGAGGACAUCCAGACGUGGGGCCGGGCGCUCGAGCGCGUUGUCGACGAGGACUCUCCCUCGGGGGAGGACCGCAUGUUUGUCGAAAUCCCUCGAAUCGUCCACGGCAUCGAGCUCAACACCACGCUGCAGGAUCUGCUCGAGGACGCCUUUGACCAGCAGGGGCGGCUCUCGGGAAAGACCUUCCCCGUCCUGGGCCAGCUCCGGGCACAGGUCAGGACCCUCAAGGCGGACAUCCUGCAAACGCUGGACAGCAUCGUCCAGCUGCCGUCGAUCAAGUCCAAGCUCGCGCUGGAGAGCGGGGGCCCGCUGUACUCGGAGGUCGCCUCGAACAACGGUGGCAAAGGGGGCCGCCUCGUCCUGCCGAUCGACCCGAAGUACGCCUCCCAGCUGGGAAUCGUCCACGACUCGAGCCGGUCCGGGAAGACGGUGUACGUCGAGCCCAGCGAAAUCGUUGGCCCCACGAACGAGCUCCGGCAGAUCGAGCACGAGCUGGAAGCGGAGGAGGCCCGCGUGUGGAGGUCCCUGACGGAACAGGUCUGGGCCAACCAGCACGACCUGCGAAAAUCGGUGCAGGCCGUGGCGCAGCUCGACCUCAUCGUGGCCCGGUGCCGGCUCGGGCAGCGCAUCGACGGGAUCAUCCCGUCCGUGGAGGACGAGGGGGUCAUAUCCCUGCGCGACGCAAAGCACCCCGUGCUGCUGCUGCGAAAACUCGAGCGGGUGGUCGGGAGCGACAUUUCCCUGGGUGCCGAUGGGAACCAGGGCCUCGUCCUAACGGGGCCCAACUCGGGUGGUAAAACCGUGAUCCUCAAGCUGCUGGGCCUGCUGGCCCUCAUGUCCAGGAGCGGCAUCCCGAUUCCGGCGGCGCACGGCGACGUCAACGGCGACUACGUGCCACGGGUGGACUUUUUCAACCCCGUCCUGGCCGACAUUGGCGACAUCCAGAGCGUCGAUUCCGAUCUCUCGACCUUUUCCGGCCACAUGCUGGUCUGCCGUGAGGUUCUGGCACUGGCGCAGACCGGAAACGCCCUCGUGCUCAUGGACGAGCUCGGAUCCGGAACGGACCCCAACCAGGGAGUAGCUAUCGCGCAGGCCCUGCUGGAGGCCCUCAUGGAAACCGGCUGCCGCGUAGCGAUCACCACGCACUACAUGCAGCUGAAGCAGCUGGCCUCGUCCGACGAUCGAUUCUCCGUGGCGGGCAUGCAGUUUGUCGGGAACCGGCCCACCUACAAGCUCCUUCCCGGCGUGGUCGGGGAAUCCUAUGCCCUUGCGGUAGCCGAGCGGCUGAAGCUCCCGCAGACGGUCCUGGACCGCGCCAACGAGUUGCUCGAUUCCGAAACCCGGCAGAUGGGGGACCUGAUCCGGGACCUGGAGGACCAAAAGCUGCUGAUCGACAACCAGGUCCUGGAAAUCGAGGAGCGAAAGAAAGAAAUCGCCCAGAUGGAAUUCAAGAUGAAGGAGAACAAGAUCAAGCUCGAGAAACGGAUGCUCACGGCUCGCCGGGACGAGGCCCGGAAGUUUGCCAAAAAGCUCGAGGAGAAGGAGCAGAUCCUCGAGGACGUCCUCACCAAGCUCAAGUCGGACCCGUCCCGCAAGCUCAUCACGAAGAGCUGGGAGGACAUCAAGUUCGUCAAACGCGACGCCAUCAACGAGGCCGAGAACGUUCCCAGCGUUCUCAAGAAAAAGAAACAAGCGGCCACUGCUCUAAACAAGGCCAUCGAGGAACUCGUUCCUCUUGCCGAGAUCCGGAACCGACCGCUGCUGAAGGAGGGAGACAAGCUCAAAGUCUGCAAGACCGGAAAUCUGUUCGGCCGGGAAGCCGUUGUGAUCAAGGACAACGGCAAGCAGGUCCAGGUCAAGGUGUCGGGGAUUGGCAUGACCUUCAAAAACACCCAGUUGUCCAUGGUAAUGGGUGGCGAAGGAAGCAACAACGGCGGCAAACAGCAGCAGCAGGGAACCUCCAGGAGCCCCGCGGGAAAAUCGACGCGGUCUUCGAAGGCGGUUCAGCGAGCUCUGAAGAACGAGGGCAUCGACACGAGAAACAAAAAGCAGGUCGUCGGGGAGAAGAAGGCGUCGUCGUCUCUCACGAUACGGACCGAGGGAAACACGGUGGAUGUCCGGGGCUUCAACCUGGAGGACGCCAAGAGCAAGGUGACCGACAAGAUUAGCCAGUGCAAGUUAAGCAGGCAGAAAUCCGUAUACAUACUCCACGGCCACGGCAGUGGCGGGGUUCUAAAAUCGAAGCUGAGGGAGUGGCUGAAGCGAGAAAAGAAGCUGAUCAAGAAAUGGGCCCCGGCGGACAGCCUAGACGGAGGGGAUGCGUUUACACGGCUGGAACUAAAGUAGCUCUGUGGCAGUGAGCAAGUACGUGCCAUCAUCAGAAAUAUUUUGAAACCAUCUCUUGGGUUUUGAUUUCGAAACGAUACUCUUGUAGAGCAUUAGAUGUCGAGGAGUGAAAGUCACCAACAAUUUACAGGGAAUUCUUCAGGUUCAACUCGUCCACUGCGCCAGUACCCUACGAAUAGCAACUUCUUUCUUGGAGAGGUGGUGGGGAUCCAAAGAAACCGAGCUAGAAAGGGAGCAGAUAUUCAGAACGAAAGAGAUUCUUUCCCAUUUUCUCUGCUGUCGUACACUACAGCAAGAAAGAUCCAUAAUCGCUAUAUUGAGAAAAAUAACAACAAUGCUACACC